GAUGCACAUGGAGGCUGCUGGGGGUGCCGCUUCACUCUCCUCCAUCCUCCUUCCAGGACAAACCUCUGGACAUACACUCGAAUUCAGCAGCUUUGAUUGAAUGAAAGACUUUUAUACGUUUACAGGCUGAUCAUGUUCGUGAGGUGUAGUUCAGGUGUGCACAGGAUGGACUUUGAGCUCUUCAGUGAGGAUUUAGGAGUUAAAUGAGGCUAAAUCGCCACUUUCGCACGUAAUUUUAUUUUUUAACUUGGAAGUCUCUUUGUUUUUUGUUGUUUUUGAUGGUAACAUGGCCAGAAAAACUUCACUUGUCCUCCUCAACGUCCUUCUUCUUCUUUUUCGUCCUGUCUCAGCUCGCCGUGGACACUUUUUUGGACGAAUUCUGGAGAACUCCCCAGCUGGGACUCCAGUGGACGGGGUGGCAGUGCCUGUCCUAGCCGGUGUCUGUCCCGGUGAGGACCUGCUCAAAGCCACCCUCAAGGGAAACUACGCUAAUGACUUCCGGCUCGUCCUCGGACACCGGGACCACCUGGUUCUGGUCUCGUCCAAACCUCUGGACCGGGAGUUCAUCGCCAUGUACGAGCUCAAAGUGGACUUGCCUCCUCGGUGUUUCCGGGGUCCGGUUCACGUGCAGGUAGAGGUGUCGGACAUGAACGACAACACGCCUCGCUUCACCGGAGGGAACCAGACUGUGGAAGUGGACGAACUGACGCUGCUCGACACCGAACUGGCCCACUUCCAUGCAAAGGACGGGGACGCGGACAGAAACGGUCGCAUCACUUUUUACACCCGGCCCGAGUCUCACCUGCUCCACGUGGUCCCCGGAACCGGCCAGGUGAGGCUAGUGGGCUCCCUGAGGGGGGUCAGCACAGUGUCAGCCCGGCUCUACGUGAGGGACGGCGGGGACGAGCCGCUGGUGGGUGGCCCGGUCUUCCUGCACGUCGUGGUCCUCCGCCGGUCCAGGAGAACCAAGCGAACCCUGUCUGAAGAGAUGGCCUACAGUGUCACCAUCCCGGAUCAGGCUGGGAUCGGAGACCUUGUCUUCACGGUACCGGACCAGAAGUUCGACCAUCCGUGGUUCGAGGUGAUAUCAGACGUGGACUCACCGGUCCAGAUCGAGAGGGACUCUGGUCGAGUGUACCUGGCGAGCGGCCUGCAUGAGCCCACGGAGGUUCUGGUCAAGGUCCAAAAACACAGAGGUGAUGAGUGGUACCUGUGCAGGUUGACUCUGAGCACGCUCAGUCAGGCCGACCUCCAGUGGACCAUGUUUCCCUGCCCCUACCUGGCCGCCGUCGGUCCGGACGCCGCGCCCGGUUCUGUGGUAUACCGCCUGUCGGCACGGCAACGUGACGGAAGCCUCGGACAGCCUCAGUUCCUCUUAUUGGACGGCGGGGAGGACUGCUUCGAGAUCGACCGUCGUUCUGGCGACAUCAGAACCACGGGCCGACCUCUUACCCCCAGCAAGGAGUACCAGCUGCGAGUGCAGGCGAUGGACGCUGACGGUCGUAAAGGACCGCCGGCCGCCGUGUCCAUCCUGGCUGGCUACCGGCCGCCGCAGUUCACCAACACCUCGUACAGCCUGAACGUGGCGGAGAACAUAGCUGUCGGCCAACCUGUGGGAGCGGUCCAGGCCAUCUCCUUCCAGGAGAAGACGCUGGCCUACAUGCUGCAGGUGAAUCCCGGGAAUCUGUUCAGCAUCAACCAGGAGAGCGGCGCGCUCAGUGUCACUCGUUCCGUUGACUACGAGAGCGGACACAAUGUGCACACUCUUCAGGUCCGAGCCUCCGAACCCGACACCGGCCUCAGCGGUGUGACCGAGGUUGUUGUCUACAUCACAGAUGAGAACGACUGCACUCCUGAGUUCCUCCACUCCAUCUACACCAGAGACAACGUUCCUGAGAAUGUGGCACCCGGAACGUCACUGCUGCAAGUUCUGGCGCGGGACUGUGACUCGGGCGUCAACUCGGAGCUCUCCUACUUCGUCCAUAGCAGCGACUUUGACAUCACAUCAGGGGGAGUGGUCAGCCCCGCCCGCCGCCUGGACUACGAACGGCCCAAUCACGUCUACGAGUUCGUGGUGGUCGGCGUGGACGCGGGGACUCCGCCCCGCACAGGCACCGCCUCUGUGCGCAUUCGGGUGGCCAACAGCAACGACGAGUCGCCCGUCUUCUCGCAAAGCGCUUAUAAGACCUUCCUCAGUGAGGACGCCGGGCCCGACACGCUGGUCGCCAUCGUCCACGCCAACGACCCCGACGGCGACGCCGUGUCUUACGCCAUCACCGGCGGCAACGAGGACAGCAACUUCCUGCUGGACAACCAGAAGGGCAUCAUUAAGCUACGUCGGAGUCCUCCCCCCAGACUGAGGGGUCCUCAGUACGUCCUCACCAUCACCGCCACCGACGAUAACGCGUCCGGCGGUCCGUACCCGCUCAGCAGCUCUGCUGAGGUCAUUGUAGGGAUCAAUGACAUCAACAACAACAAGCCCAUCUUCCAGGAGUGUCAGAACUACAGUCUGAACGCCGCAGUCCUGGAGAACCAGCCGCCCGGGACAUUUGUGCUGCAGGUCCAGGCCCGUGACGCCGACAUGGGGGUGAAUGGAGAGGUCAAAUAUGGCAUCAUGCACAGAGACGCAGUGCUGUCUGGCUUUGACAUUGAUCCAGACACAGGUGUCAUCACGUCGACGGUGAGCUUUGAUCGUGAGCGCCAGAGGGAGUUCACGCUGUCGGUGACGGCUACGGAUCAAGCCGAGGAGCCGCUCAUUGGCAUCUGUCAGAUUACUGUCCUCAUUGCCGACCAGAACGACAACGAUCCCAAGUUUGAGAACAGCCGCUACCAGUACUUCCUUCGUGAGGACACCCCGGUGGGAACGAGUUUCCUGCGAGCAGCAGCGCACGACGACGACCAGGGCAGCAACGCGGCCAUCACCUACUCACUAUCUAAGCAGAAACCAUCUUACCUGCACAUCAACCCCAGCACAGGAUGGAUCUACGUCAACCAGCCCAUUUCACAGACAUCCAAGAUCAACCAGCAGAUCGUGGCAUCGGACGGCGGCAACCGCAGCACCUCUGUGGAGCUGACCGUCAUCAUCACUAACGUCCACAACCAGCCCCCCCACUGGCAGCAGUUCGAGUACUGGGUCACUGUGCCCGAGAACACCGUGAGAGACGCCAAAAUUGUGACCGUCAAGGCCACGUCCGCCCUGGGCGACCCGAGGGUCACCUACAACCUGGAGGAGGGCCAGGUGCCCGAGACCAAUAUGCCGGUGCGCUUUUACAUCAAACCCAACCGGGCGGGCGGCUCAGCGUCCAUCUUGGUGGCGGAGAACCUCGACUACGAGACCACGCGCUUCUUUGCCCUUAGGGUUCGAGUGCAGAACGUCGCCGCCGUGCCACUGGCCUCCUUCACCACAGUCUACGUCAACGUGACAGACGUGAACGACAACGUUCCUUUCUUCCUGUCGUCCACCUACGAGGCCACGGUUCCAGAGGGAGCCGAGGUCGGCACGUCGGUGGCUCAGGUGUCGGCCAUCGACUUGGACUCGGGCCUGCACGGCAUGGUUGACUACACGAUCCUGAAGGACGAGAGCGGCGACUCGCAGCUCUUCCGUAUCGACCCACGCAGUGGCGUCAUCACUACCCGGGCUUCCUUCGACCGCGAGCAGAAAGCCUCCUACCUGAUCGAGGUGCAGUCGCAGGACGGCUCAGAGUCAGCACGAUCGGGCCAGCAGGGCCAGCCCAACACUGACACGGCCUACGUCAGGAUCUUUGUUACCGACGUCAACGACAACGCUCCGACGUUUGCCCGCUCGGUGUACGAGGUGAGCGUGGAGGAGGACAAGGAGGUGGGCUAUGUGCUCAUCACUGUUACCGCCAACGACGAAGACGAAGGUGCCAACGCCAAGCUACGCUACCAGAUCGCCGCGGGAAACACCAUGGGCAUUUUUGAUGUGGAGCCCGAGGUGGGCACCAUCUUUGUGGCCCAGCCGCUCGACUACGAGAUGGAGCGGCGCUAUGAGCUGCGACUGGUCGCCUCCGAUGGCAAGUGGGAGAACGAGACGCUGGUGGUGGUGCAGGUGAUCAACCUCAACGACGAGGCGCCCGUCUUCAGCCAGACGGAAUACCACGCCGUCGUCACAGAGGAGCUGACGGAACUUCCUGUAUUAAUCAUGGAGGUUUCAGCCACCGAUCCGGACCAAGACGCUGACCAGACCGCUCUCCGCUACUCUCUCCACGGACAAGGUGCCGGCGGCGAGUUCACCAUCGACGAGCGCACCGGGAGGAUUUUCGCGCAGCGCCGCCUCGAUCGGGAAGAGCGUCCCGCCUGGAGAUUCCUCGUCCUGGCCACAGACGAGGGAGGGGCGGGACACACGGGAUUUGCUGACGUGCUGUUAGAGGUCCGCGACGUCAACGACAACGCUCCCUUUUUCCCGUGCCCGGCACUGGAAGUCGAUGGGUGUUUUGUCGGCCAAGUGCCGGAGAAUUCCCCCGCUGACACUUCAGUCAUGGAGAUGAGAGCCAUGGACCUAGACGACCCCAAUGAGGGCAAGAACGCGAUGCUGACCUACAGCAUCAUCAAGAACAUUCGGAACGAGAUCAACCUCAACCUGUUCUCCAUCAAUGCCACCACGGGAACCAUCUACACGGUUCUACGCUCCCUAGACCGGGAGGUGGAGGAGCGCUACCUGGUGGUAGUGGAGGCCAGGGAUGGAGGAGGGUUGGCGGGGACAGGGACAGCCACCAUCUUGGUUUCAGACAUCAAUGACCACCCGCCCAUUUUCUCUCAGAGGGUCUACACCACUCAAGUCACUGAGGACCUGGAGGUCAACAACGAGGUUCUUGUCGUGUCCGCCACCGACGGAGACCAGGAUGAGAAUGCCGUAGUGACCUUCAGCAUCGUCGGGGGUGAUGAAGACAGGAAGUUUUUUGUGGAGACGGACAAGGUGAACCGUCGCGGCGUUAUCAAGCUGAAGAAGAAGGUGGACUUUGAGAAGCCGCAGGAGCGGACUUUCAACCUGACUCUGAAGGCCGAGGACGCUGACUUCUUCAGCCUGGCCAACUGUCUCAUCCAGGUUCAAGACGCCAAUGACCAUGCCCCCGUCUUCUUCCCUCAGUUCUACGAGUCCCCGGCCAUGUCCGAGGAUGUUCCAGUGGGGACCAUUGUUGCUCAGGUGACAGCGACAGAUCUGGACUCGGGACAAAAUGGCCGCUUUUCUUAUAGUAUUGCCAAAGAGUCAGACCCAUACAGUCAGUUCCUGGUGGACCAGUCGGGUUGGGUUGUGGUGGCUCAUCCUCUGGACAGGGAGAAAAUAUCGCAGCACAGGAUCAUGGUCCUCGCGGCAGACGCUGGGAGCCCGACUCUGACCGGCACCGCCAUUGUCAUGGUAACGGUAUUGGACAUCAAUGACAACGGGCCGGAGUUCGAAGCCCCCUACAUGCCUGUCAUUUGGGAGAACACGGCGGCCCCCCAGGCAGUGCACAUGAACGACACCUCGCUUCUCCUCCACGCCACCGACCGUGACACCUCCUCCAACGGUGGACCCUUCUCCAUACGUCUCCUCAUGCUCACCUCAGACGCCUCCAACUUUAACCUGACCGACUUCCGUAACGGGAGUGCGGCCAUCACGGCUCUCCGCACGUUUGACCGCGAGCGCCAGAAGGAGUACCGCCUCCCCAUUCUCAUGAUUGACAGCGGGUCUCCUGCGAUGAGCUCCACCAGCACACUGACGGUGGUGAUUGGCGACAGGAACGACCACCCGCACUCUCCAGGACACACCCACUUCAUUGUUUACAGUUAUGAAGGUAUGCUCCCGACAACAGUGCUGGGUAAAGUCCAGUCCCCGGACCUGGAUGACUGGAGCGAGAAGGCGUACCGAUUUGAGGGCAAACCAUCCAGAUUGUUCAGUCUCAACCAGAGCUCGGGUCAGCUCAGCAUCAGGGAGGGGGCACCGCCCGGCUCGUUCCACCUCCAGGUGCGCGUGUCUGACCCCACCUGGCCGGACGUCACGUCCACGGCACAGGUGGACGUCGUGGAGCUGCCGCAGGACGCUUUGGACAACGCCGCCUCCAUCCGCCUUCGCAACGUGACGCUGGAGGACUUCUUCGCCUCCGCAGGAGGAGAGGAGAGUCACUUUUCCCGUUUGAGUCGGACGCUGGCGCAACUCCUGGCGACGCCGCCGGAGAACGUGCAUGUCUUCUCUGUGGGCGACGCCGGCCGAGAGCGGGAAAAGGAGCUCGAUGUGUGGUUCGCUGCCCAUGGCUCGCCAUACUACAAAGCCGAGAAGCUGCACGGCUACGUGGCCGCCAAUAAAGCCAAGCUGGAAGCCGUCUUGGGCGUGUCCAUUUCCCAGGUGGCCGUUGACGACUGUCCCCACACGGACUGCGGUCACGCCAGCGGCUGCACCACUGAAGUGUCGUUCGGCCAGACCCCGAAGCCUCUCAGCUCAGGUAACAUCUCUCUGGUUUCCCUCUCGGCCAGAACGACGGCGCGUUGCGGCUGUCGGGGUCGAGAGGCGACCCACCUGGCUUGCUCCGCCUACUCGACCAACCCCUGUCUCAACGGGGGCACAUGCCAGGACGGACCACUGGGAUACAGCUGUAAGUGUCUGCCAAUGUUCGACGGUCCCGCGUGCCAGCAGACCAAACACAGCUUUGGUGGGCGAGGCUAUGCGUGGUUCCCUCCCAUCGUGUCGUGCUUCCAGAGCCAUAUCUCCCUGGAGUUCCUCACAGAGUCACCGGACGGGCUGCUUCUCUAUGACGGGCCACUCGGCCUCGCUCAACCCGGCGAGCCGGACGACUUCAUUUCCAUAGAGUUGAAGAACGGCAUUCCGGUUCUGAACGUGAACCACGGCUCUGGAACGUUGACGCUGCAGCUACCGCCGAUGUCCAACGUCGCCGACCGCCGCUGGCAUCGCCUCGACAUCAUCAGCGAUGGGAAGGCUGUGCAGAUGGUCCUGGAUCAGUGUUCGGGGGCGCCGGUGAGCGAGCUGGAGGGGGUCAGCGGAGACGUUCCGCAGCCGGACGAGUCCAGCUGCAGAGUUGCAGGACAGACCCCCGGGAACGAGAGGUAUCUAAACGUAUAUCAGCCUCUUCAGCUGGGCGGCAUGAAGGAGGCUUCUCCUCACCGACGUUACCAAAAUUUCUCUGGCUGCAUCCGCAACCUGGCGGUGGACAGUCAGGUGUACGACCUGGCGUCGCCCGGCGAGAGCGUGGACAGCACCCCGGGGUGCAAGAUCACAGACGGCGUGUGUGUGACGGCAGCGGGCCCAUCGUGUGGCGCCCACGCCUCCUGCCUCGCCGACUGGGGAGCCUUCAGUUGCGAGUGUCACCCCGGAUACAGCGGACACAAGUGUGACACAGUGGUCAAAGAGUUCUCUUUGGACUCAAACAGCGUGCUGAGGUUCCACCUCCGAGGAGGCAGCAACAACCGCCGCACCAACAUCCAGCUGCUCCUGCGUACCCGCUCCACCUCGGGUACCUUGCUCUCCGUGAUGUCCCGGGAGGCCAACGAGUACAUUGUGCUGGAGAUCGCAGAAGGCCACCUCGCGGCUCGGGUCAACCUCGGCGACGGCACCCACACCGCGAGACUCCCAAGUCAGCGUGUGGACAUCGGUCAGUGGGUCCUCGUCAGCCUUAAUCGCCAUGACAACCUCUUCUCCCUGCGGCUGGAGCAGGGCGGAGGCUCGCGGGAGGUCCAGGCCCGCCUGGGGUCUCGCAGGGAGCUGGUGGUGGACCCGGCCAGCAUCACGGUGGGCAACGGACCCGACGACGCAGACGACACAGACUUUCAGGGUUGCAUGCGGGACAUUCGCUUCAAUGGCCGGGCGCUCCCUCUGGAUGGGCAAAACGGCGACCUCGUGACCGUGCUGGAGAGGCGGGGCGUCACUCUGGGCUGCCUCAGCAACGCCUGCCAAGCGCAGCCCUGCCGAAGCCCGCUGCGAUGCGUCGACCUGUGGAGGAAACACCAGUGCAGGUGCCCCGGCGGUCAGGUGACGUUGACGGACGAGUCGGGCGAGCAGCGCUGCGUGCCGUCGCCCUGCGGCCCAGCCUCUUGUCGUAACGGCGGCGUCUGCCAGGCGCUCUCGUCGGACAGCUACCGGUGCCGCUGUCUGGAGGGCUUCAGGGGUCGGCGCUGCGAGCUGGGCCAGGUCAGAGGUCACCGUCUGGCUGUCCUCAGCCCAAGCUCCAUCCUGGCCAUCAGCAUGUGUCUGCUCGUCUUCUUCGCCGUGCUGGUGGCGGUGACGGUGUGGAACCAGAAAGGCAGCCAUAACCAGUUCCGUAAGCGAGGUGUUUACCACAUCCCGGCUGAACACGAGAGCUGGGAGGACAUCCGAGAGAACAUCCUCAACUACAACGAGGAGGGAGGCGGCGAGCAGGACCAGAACGUCUACGAUAUCACAGAGCUGAAGCGUCCGCUGUGUUCCAGCCUGUCGCAGUCGUCGUCAUGCACCACGGCGCCACUCAUCAAGUCCUCGCCGGGUUCGCAGGAGGAGGUGCACCCGUCCAACUCCUCCUGCAGCUCCGGCGCCCCCUACCUGAGCAUCCCGCAUCAUCAUCAUCAUCACUACCACACGCAGCAGCAGCACGGCGGCAAGGAGGCGGAGCCUAGCGAGCCCACGCCGCGCUCCCACGUGGACUUUAAGAGCUACGUGGCGCGCAUCCUCUGGGAGGCCGACAACGACAGCGACGCCCUCCCGCCGGAUGUCUUCCACGUGUGGUGCGUGGAGGGCUCGGGUACGCCAGCAGGAAGCCUCAGCUCACUGGGCUCGCUGGAGCUGAGCCGUCCCAGCGAGGACGACGAUCACGACGUCGAAGGAGGGACGACGUACGAGCGGCUGUCACGCUGGGGGCCCAAAUUCAAGACGCUGAGCGAGAUGUACGACCGCCCCCAGCUGGCGCUGACGUACGGCGAGGCGCUGGCUUACAUGCACACCAGCAGCCAUCAUCAACACCACUAGGAGGCGCCACACUGACACCCAGGUGUGUUUGCGGACGCUUCUUUCACUUGGCGAGCAACACCUCCACAUCGUGUUGUCCUUUUUUAUUUCACUAAGAAUCAAAGAAACACAAAUGUGAAGCCUCAUUUUGCUGGAACAUGCCAGAAGGUUUCUUCUCAGCUGCCUUACUACUGUAAUGUACUUUAAAGCCAACAAUCGGCGACUGGUUGGCGUGGUUCCUCUGCCGACCACACGGGGGCGCCACCGUAGCAAGACGCAACAAUUCUAUUAUGUGGCCUGGUUGAGAUCAUUUUGUGCUCCUCCUGAUCCUCCUUUCACAAUGGAGCAGAUGGCGGUCCUGCUGCUGAGCCCCCUCCACAUCUUCUGGUGUGCUGACCUGUCUCCUGGUGUCUCCUCCAUGCUCUUGACACAGCAAACCUUACCACGGCACACAUUGCUGUGCUAGCUUAGUGGUGAGGACGCAAAAUGCAAAAGUCAACAAAAAUCACCAGGAUGAGGACAGGGACAAGUUCAAUGUCCAGCACCUGCAGAAGCAUUCCUUUCUGGGCGUGCUCUUCAUAUUUGCCUCUCAUUUCCACCAUUUGCACAACACGCAGGUGACAUCGAUGGAUAUCAUACAAUUGAUAUCACACAAUUGUGAUCGACUUGGACUUACAUUGGAAUCAUUACGUGCUAUGUUUAUUUUAUUUUUUUUAAGUAAUUUUAUUGUUCCAGUUCUCAAUAUGUGUCAAAGUUAAGAUUGUUUUGUUGACUCCAAGCUAUGCACCGAAAUGAGGGAGCGUGUUUCUACACUGACCAUGUUUGACUUGUUCUGUGCUGUUUUUUUCACUUUAAAAAGUCUCCAUUUGUAUGAUAUGAUGUAAAUAUGGACAUUUUAUAACAACCUCACGCAGAAUAUUCCUUUUGUAUAUGAAUUUUAAUAAAAAUGGUUUUUCCCUGAAAAUGACAUCCACAUCCCGCAUCUUUGUUAACAUCAAUUGUUUUUUGUUUUUUUACAUUUUCAUCCACAGUGA